UGGGAACACUAUAAAGGGCUCCCCUCCCCGCUCCUCAGCUUUCCCUGCUCUUCUCCUCGCACCUCUCUUUGUCCCACGAUACCAUACAUCCACGGAUCCUUCUGGACAUCGAAAACUGCCUGCCUACUGUCGAUUCCGAUUCUCUAGACAAAGAGACUCGUUCCCAUCACCUGCCUUAUUCGCUUUCUGCACAUCUCACACACCCAACAUGUCCGAGCCACUCACCAAGGUCGACUCCGCCGUCCAGGGUAUGGAGGAAAUCCCCCCUCCCAAGGAGGCCAAACACCGCCGGGCGAGCUCGAGCGCCAAUGGAGUCAUGAACAUCAAAGACCUAGAGGAGCAAGGAAUUGAGCUGCAAAUCGCCAAGGAGACGCAAGCGACGGGCUGGAAGAUCAACACGUCGCCUUCGACGGUCGAGGAGAAGGAUAUUCUCAAGAAGCUGCUCACAACACCGCCGGUCAAGAAGAUUGACCUACACUUCCCGCUCGGGCUGGAAGUAACAGCACGAAACCUCAAGGGCGUCACCAUCAAGGACGCCUUGGAUGCCAUCCACAAGCAGUUCAAGAAGAAGGCCGAUGACGAGCUUGAGCUGCAGUACCUGAAGGGCUUCGAGUGGGACAAGGAAGAGUCGUGGACCCGGUUGAUUGUGCACCUGCGGAAAGAUGCCGGCCAACCCGUGACGGGCAAGAAGAAGAAGAACAAGGAGUAGAGAGCUACAUUGCACUCCUCCCUCGCUGUUAUGAUAUUCGCUGUAGUUACAAAGUGGUAAUUGGGGGGUUGAAAGUCAAACCCCGGUGAAAUGCUCACGACCCAAGGGAUCUCAUCCCGGUUUCGGUGACAAACCGGUCAAGUUAAUGUAGUGUAGGUAGUUGAUUGCGGCCAGUUCAGCGUUAAAUCAGAAGAACAACAGGGAGUAGAGGGCUAUAUUGCACUUCUCUCUCGCUAUUCUGAUAUGCACUGGUUACUGUAAUUUAGUGUAGUCAAUUGCGGCCAGUUCCCCGUAUCUCACCCUUCCAACUCGUGUCCCAAAUCGUCUCCCAAACCCUAUCCCUUACCGUAUUCCCCACCUCACCUUGAGCUUUACCCUAUCCCUAACCUAAACCUAAGCCCAAACCGAAACCCUAUUGUUGAUUAGCCCGUUUAUAUAUAUCGAACUGACUGACUGCGUUGAACUCUCUCCAUCAAACUACAUC